AUGGCGGACAAACGCUCUUCUUCGGUGCCCACCGUCGUUAUGACGGAAGCUCUCUCGCCCUUCCACGCCCUUCGCUACGAGGAUACCGUCGCCGCCACAGCUUCUGGGGCCACCCGAUCCACCUCACUGUCGACUCCCCAUGGCUACACCCUCGGCGCAGAGAACAACCCGGCGUCGACGAGCGCAUCGUCUGAUGAUGCCGGUGGGAAAUCGGAUCUGGCGGCGCUUGCGUCGCGUCGGAAUGACAGCGCAGAUUCAGGACUUGCGCCCUCACCUUCAAUCGCAACGGAGAAGCGGCUGACGCCCCCCGCGGAUGAUUAUUCCGCGGUCAGCAUACGGUCCUUGCGGAGUAUACCGAGUAUCACCGUCAACGACGCCAGUGCGCGGCCGGUCUCCCGUCCGGGGUCGCGGUGGUCGGAGCGCAAAUGGAGCGAGUUGAGAGGGAAAUUGUCGGGGGAGUUUGACAGGAGACCGGAGUCGCCGCCGCCUGUCCCGCAGAUCGAGACUCCGUUCAACAAGAUUUCGCUCGAUAUCCCUACGGGGUCUCUUGAGGGUCUCGGCACGCAGUCUAUGCGAUUUUCGAAGCGUGGGAGUUUGAUCAAGCAUGAGGCGCGACAGAGGCAGCAGCAACAGCAACAGCAACAGCAAGAAUACGAGGAAGAGAAGGAACAACAAGUGCAGCAGCAGGGGCUAGAACUAGCGCCACCGAUACCUGAGGAUCAGGAACAACCAACGUCAGAGGAGAAAGGUGAAGGGAGUGUGUCCAGGGUCUCAACGGAUCAGAAUAGCGCAGAGACGGACGUCUGUGGCACACAGCGACGGCGGGUGAAGCCCCCAUCGUAUCUUCGCGCGAGGACAAGCAGCAUUCCUAGCCGGGCGAUCUCGGCGGAUGAGGACAUGCUUUCGCGACGGGUGAGGUUGAUGUACGAGAAAGGCGAUGAGAACGUGACCGACUCGGAGGUGGCCAAGUCUCUCGCGCUGGAGAACGGGGUAUUGUGGGAGGAGGUUGCGCCCACGUCUACCGAGAUAUCCGCUGUCUCUGGGCCAAGUGCGAGUGGUGCGAGUGCCGGUGGGUCCUCGAUCGAGCCAGACAGCAGCCCGUGCGCUCUUGCGAGAGAGCCCAACGAGCUGGCGGGCGGGAUUGAAUACUGGCAAAACAUCAAGGCAGGCGACGUGGAUCGGUAUGGCUUCAUCCGCACCACCACACAAAAUUCGGGCGACGGGACGGACCAUAAUCCGCUCCAGCGCGUUUCUACCAGUCUGCUGCUUGCAUCCGAGACUCCACGGCGAAAGCAUUCCAUUCGACCGACGUCCACCCUCGCAGGCAACCGACCGUUCUCGGGUCGGUCUCCAACGCGGAAGUCAUCCGCUCCUACAAUGCGACCAUCAUCGUCGCAGAGCACUUAUAGCUCGAAUCUGCGACGGUCAACCUCGCGGUUCCGACAGGCGGCCAACCAUCUCCCGCACAACCGGAACCGCCGGUUCAAGGAUGAGGCGGCGGACAUGCUCACGCUGCCGGCCAAUGUGGUGGCUGCGGGAGCUGGACGGGACUCGUCCGCUGCUCGUGCUAUGCGUAAGAAGGAGUGGGAGCGAGAAGACAAGUGGACCAAGAUGGCCCGGCCAACGAGGAGAAGCAGGCUCGGUGGCGGGAUGACUUUCGAGUUCGACACGCAGAGUUCGAAGCUCAUCGAGCGCACAUGGAAGGGGAUCCCCGACCGAUGGCGCGCGACCGCGUGGUACGCCUUUCUGGAAGCGAGCGCCAAGCGGCGCAGCGACAGCCCGACGGAGGAGGCGCUCAUCGAGGCGUUCAACGAGUUCCAGUUCAUCUCAUCGCCUGACGAUGUCCAGAUUGACAUCGACGUUCCCCGGACCAUCACCAGUCACAUCAUGUUCCGCCGCCGUUACCGGGGCGGCCAACGGCUCCUGUUCCGUGUGCUGCACGCCAUGUCCCUCUAUUUCCCUGACACAGGCUACGUCCAGGGCAUGGCCGCGCUGGCGGCGACUCUCCUCGCCUACUACGACGAGGAGCACGCAUUCAUCAUGCUCGUCCGGCUCUGGCAGCUGCGCGGGCUCGAGCGUCUAUACCAGUCCGGCUUUUCCGGCCUCUUGGAAGCCCUUGGCGAUUUUGAACGCGAGUGGCUGGACGCGGGCGAGGUCGCCGCGAAACUCAACGAGCUGGGAAUCCCGCCAACCGCCUACGGGACCCGCUGGUACCUAACACUAUUCAACUACUCCAUUCCGUUCCCCGCCCAGCUUCGCGUCUGGGACGUCUUCAUGCUCCUCGGCGACGCGGAGGAUCCGCCCGGCAAGGGCACCGCCGCCACCACCACCACCACCACCACUACGACGAACCCCGACCCGCAAGGCACUAGCGCCUUCGGCAGGGGCCUGGACAUCCUCCACGCGACCUCGGCCGCGCUCAUCGACGGCAUGCGCGAGAUCAUCCUCGAGUCGGACUUUGAGAAUGCAAUGAAGGUGCUCACCAGCUGGGUGCCGAUCCAGGAUGUCGAGCUCUUCAUGCGCGUCGCUAAGGCGGAAUGGAAAGUCCACCGGCGCAAGAGGGGGGGAUGA